GUUCGCCGUCUUCUUGAUCUUGCGCCUUUGCGUACAUCUCCUCACGUUUUCUCUCGUUGCUUUCGCUUUAAAUUGCAGCCAUACGCAGCUUUACUCUUCAAGCCUUAAUCUUUCUCCCUCUCUUCAUUCGCUCGGCCGCCGCCCAUCCGGAACAGGGUCAUCAUCACCAUGAUCUCGGACGAGACAUAUGACCUGUGCCUCCCCAUACUUCAAGAUCCAAAUAUCGAGGAUGAAGACAAGACAGACAAACUUGAGGACCUUCUCAAGAGAGAAACAUCUCUAACCGGCUCAUCCUUAGAAAAUGCGAUACUCGAUGUGUUAUGGCGGCACCGUGACUCUGGUGGUAGCGCAACCUCACCGCCCCCAAUCCGGCAAACCAUCCUCCGCCGUCCAUCGCCAGCCUCGUGGCGAGGCUCUUCGACUCCUGCAUCUGGGUCGCCUCGUUUAGGCGUGAGCCCGCUAGCGCCUCCAGGCUUCAUACCCACCAGUCUCAGUAGAACAAAGUCCUCCACUGUCUCCCCGUUUUCAUCACCGCGACCCUCCCCGCGUCUCGCGUUUGCCGCGCCUGUGAUCCCUCACAGCCCAAAUCUUAAUGCCUACGAGUUUGCAAGCGACACGACUCCUGCACAGGAAAUAUAUGGUGAAUUCCAGACCGAAAAUGUCGAUUGGCUCGUCAGCGACGAUGCGCUUAGUAUAUCGUCAUCAGUGGGAAAUGCGAGCGGCCUAAAUGCGGCUGCGCCGGAGUACAUCUCGGCGCAGCAGUCGGAUAUGACUCCCUAUGAUAUGCUUCGUUCUAUCCUGGGCCAAUCCAAGACAGAUGAGGAAAUUGAAACUGCCCUCGCAUUGCAUGGCUACGAUCUUAGUGCAACUAUCACGGCUAUGAUGGAAUCCCAGGGUUCGGAUUCCAACGAUAUUGCGGCACUUUCCCCUGAGUCGAAGGCUUUACUCAUUGGUAAGUCUACUACGCCCGACAUCAGACCGGGUACACCGUCCAUACAGCAGAAAACUGGUAUCAUUUGCAAGUUUUAUCUGUCUACCGGUCAAUGUUUGAGGGCCGAUUGUCGAUUUAGCCAUGAUUUAAGCAACCACAUCUGCAAGUAUUGGAUCAUGGGAAACUGCUUGGCAGGGGACACCUGCAUUUUCUCUCAUGAUCCAGCUCACUUGAUAAACCGACUCAAUGUAGAUGGCACUAGCACCCCGCCUCCAAAGUCCCAGAACCUUCAGGUUCAAGAUCACAACGCGUUUCCAGCAUUGCGCCCAGCCACCCCAGAGUUAAAUCCUUAUGCUCCUAGCUUCAAUUACACUGGCGCUACCCUCACUCCGCCACCAGGUUUGAAGCCUGUACAUGCCUUUGCAGCCAAUGAUGGUGGUCGUUCGCGUUCUCGUCCAGGAAGCCGCCCUCAAACCAAGGACGGCACCACCGCCCCAUCGAUGGAUGAUAACGACGCCUUCCCUUCUCUUAGCUCUGCCUCCGCUAAACCUAGCAAAAAACAUCAUGGAAAACGCGGUGGUCAUGGUCAUGGGCACAAGGAAAAUUAUACCCCUAGCUCCUUGGCUGAUAUCGUGAAAAUGUCACCUUCACCGAGUCCCAGUCCAAACAGACUAGAUGCCAAAAAAAUCGGCCGAAAUGGGAGCUCGACGAAUUUAAAGAAUGGAGAGAACAGUGCUGCUGCCCAGGCCAUUCCCAUGCCUAAACAAAUCCCUUGGCUAGAGACUGGAGACAAAGCGAAUAAAGCGUAUUUAAAGUCUCGUCAAGAGGCCAUCAAGCAUGGUGGCUUGCGGAACAAGUUUCUCCAGAGUGCUGCGCAAGCAUGGAAUCGCAACGACGCACGGGCAGCCAAGGCGCUCAGUCUUCGGGGCCAAAGUGAAAAUGAUCUUAUGCGAAAGGCACAUCGAGAUGCUGCGCGUGAAUUGUAUGAAGCCCGAAACAAAGGGAACACGUCAAGCUCAGAGAUAUACGUAGACCUCCAUGGUUUACAUCCCGACGAAGCAGUUGAGUACCUAGAGACGGUUCUGCUCGACAACAGCAAGGAGAGCAAACCUGUCUACGCUAUUACGGGAACAGGGCACCACAGUAAGAACGGCAAAGACAAGGUUGGCAAGGCAAUUAGAAACUUCCUCAACGAAUGGAGGUAUGCCUACCGUGAGUUUUCAGUGCCCGGCGACCGUAACAGCAUGGGAGGGAUACUUGGCAUUGAUGCAAGAAGUUGGGAUAAGUCAUUAGCAAGGGACGAGCAGAAGGAACUAACUGAUGCUAAAGAGGAGGUGGACAUACUCAGCCAAGGAGUAGAGAUUGGGGAUGGCAAAGUGAGAUUACUUGUACGUGAUCCUCCAAAGGGUUCCUAAGUGAGUUCUUGUGUGGGAAAAGAGUUUCUCCAAUAAUAAGAAAUUUCUAGAAUUGGAUAGUUCGCAGCUACAGCCCACAGCUCGCCCACGAUGAGUUCAUCAAGCUGGUUCUGUAAGCAGUAAGCCAUCGUCUGGUAGUUAUCUGCCUGUCCGGUAUGUAUCCUGCAGGCUCUUAUAGUACCUGGCAUCUAGGCUGGAUCCAUAAGCUUCGGUAGGUGAUUCAAAUCUGUUUCAAAAACCUAGGUAGUACCUAUGAUACAA